AACUUUCUCCUGCAAAUUCCAUCCUUUUCUUCCCAUCAAAGACGUUCAUUACUGAUAUGGACAAAUAACAGUGUUUUUGGAUAGCAAUUAUGCAGAACAUGCAGUUCAAUAGAUACCCAUUCUUUGCCUUGUGGCUAUCUCCUUCAGCUUGUGGCUAUCACCUCCAAGAGAAUAUCUAAUUUAUAGCACCAAAUCCUCAAAAGGGUGCUCUGACAUGGCUACACUUUUCCAAAUUUCUGCAUUUUUGGCUCUCCUUGUUCUUAUCCAAGCCGAUGAUCCAUCAGGUUUCAUGAGUAUUGAUUGUGGGUUACCAGCAAAUUCAAGCUAUAUUGAUGCUAAAACAGGGCUCAAAUAUGUCUCUGAUGCUGAGUUCAUCGAUACCGGUGAAAUCAAGAACAUAUCAGCUGAAUUCAAGAACAAAACAUCAGAGAAUCAAUUCAGGAAUCUAAGAAGCUUUCCUGUCGGAAUCAGAAACUGUUACACCAUAAGAACACCAAAGAGUGGGAGGAAUAGGUACUUGAUCCGAGUGAGUUUCAUGCAUGGAAACUAUGAUGGUGAAGCACGGCCAACAUUUGAUCUAGCUCUUGGAGUUGGUUAUUGGGAUUCAGUUGUUAUAAAGAAUGGUGAUACAAGAGUAACAAAAGAACUGAUACAUGUCCCUCUGUUGGAUUAUGUGCAAAUAUGUCUGAUAGAUGUUGGAAAAGGAGUGCCUUUUAUAUCAGCAAUAGAGAUUAGGACUCUGGAUAAUAGCACUUAUGUAGCGGAAUCUGGAUCCUUGAUGCUUCACGAGCGGCUAGACUAUGGUCUAGCAACCAACCGAGCCAUAAGGUAUCCUAACGAUAGUUACGAUCGGAUAUGGUCGCACUCGGCUGCAACUCGCUCGCAAAUCAUAACAUCUUCUAACCAUUCGAUUAUGUCAAAUGUAUUUGCAGUUCCAUCUAUUGUCAUGGCAACUGCAGUUACACCAAAAAAUCCCAAUCAGUCCCUGAACUUUACGUGGAAUAUCGGUAACGAAUCGAAGUCCUAUAUAUACAUGCACUUCACAGAUUUCAAAAAGACAGGAAAAGGGAAGUUUAGAGCUAUGAACAUCUUCAUCAAUGGAUCAUAUUGGUAUGGACCUUUGGUUCCUGAAUAUUUAUCAGAUGUCACACUGUAUAGCACUGGUAUCAUCAAUGUUCCAAAUGGGGGCAAGCUUGAUAUCUCCAUCCAAAGAAAUGAUAGCUCAAGCCUUCCACCCAUAAUCAAUGCCAUUGAGAUAUAUAUACUAAAGCAGUUCCCACAGGUUCAAACAAACCAAGCUGAAAUCGAGGCACUGCUGAACGUAAAAUCAUCGUACAAAUUGACGAAAAACUGGCAAGGAGAUCCUUGUUACCCUGAAAAGUACUUAUGGGAGGGUCUGAAUUGCAGCUACAACAAUAGUAGCCGCCCAACAAAUAUCAUAUCUCUGAACUUAUCAUUGAAUGAAUUGGCUGGGGAAAUUUCUUCUCAUAUAUCAAAUCUUACGAUGAUUCAAUGCCUGGAUUUGUCCAACAAUCAUUUGAAUGGCACGGUUCCCGAGUUUCUAGCUACACUGCCAUUCUUGAGAGUUCUAAACCUAGAAAACAAUAAUCUCUCCGGGAUAGUUCCACCAGCACUAUUCGAAAGAACAAAGAACAAAACCUUAUCAUUGAGUGUCGAAGGCAAUCCAAAUCUUUGCCUAUCAGAACCCUGCAAUAAAGAGAAGAACAAGAAGUAUGUGGUUCCAUUAGCAGCAUCACUUGGUGGAGUCGCAUUAGUAUUGUUAACCGGUGGUGCGAUCUUUUGGAGCCAAAAACGACGAAAGAAGCGAGAAAAGCAGCUCUUUGGAAGUAGCAACCAAGGCAAGACAUUACUAAUGCCAGUGAAUACGAAGUUUAGCUAUUCAGAGAUUUUGAGUAUAACAAACAACUUUGAGAGGGUAAUAGGGAAGGGAGGAUUUGGAACAGUUUAUCAUGGUUACUUGCAUAGCAGCCAAGUUUCUGUGAAAAUGUUGUCCCCUGCAUCAGUUCAAUGUUACAAGCACUUUCAGGAAGAGGCACAGUUGCUUACUAAAGUUCACCAUGGAAACUUAACUUCCGUGCUUGGAUACUGUGAUGAAGACACUCACCAAGGACUGGUUUAUGAACACAUGGAUAAUGGAAACUUAGCAGAUCAUCUGUCAGAGAAAAGCAACCAUGUCUUGAGCUGGAAGGAGAGACUGAGGAUUGCUCUUGAUGCAGCACAAGGGUUAGAGUAUCUUCAUUUUGGCUGUAAGCCACCAAUUAUUCACAGAGAUCUCAAGUCCACAAACAUAUUACUAGAUAGAAACUUGCAUGCCAAAUUAGCUGAUUUUGGCUUUUCAAAGCACUUGGGAGAUGGAGCUCAGGCAUCUUCAGCUGUUGGCACCCCUGGCUACCUUGACCCCGAGUACACGACGACAAACAAGUUAAGCGAGAAGAGCGACGUUUAUAGCUUUGGAGUGAUUUUACUCGAAAUCAUCACAGGUCAGGCAGCAAUAACAAAAAGUGAGGUCAAAACCCAUAUCAUCAAAUGGGUUAUUUCAGGGCUUAAAGAAGAGGGAAUCAAGAAGAUAGUAGACCCAAAAUUAGGCUGGAGCUUUAUUAAUAGCUCUAUUUUGGAAUUUAUUGAUUUGGCAAUGAACUGUGUAGCUUCAUCUUCAACUCGGAGGCCAUCCAUGACAAAGGUAGUGAUGGAACUGAAACAAUGUUUGGAUGUCUUGGAGAAUUCUCAGGUAACCAAUGAUGAACUCAGUUACAGUCUUGAUUGGGUCUCUUUGGGUUCAUUGAUAUCAGAUUCCUACUAAAGGCAGUAGAACUUGCAUGGUAACAUAGCUAGUUAUCAGCUGUUCUAGCUUGGAACUAAAUUUGUUAAUAUUAAAUGGCUGCCAUUGAACUACUUUUAUAUGCAUCUAAGAGAUCAUCCAGCCACGAUCCUUCAUUGUAAUGUAUUUUACUGGAUGUCAAGUUCUCAAUGAAUCAUUUGAUUCCGUUUUUUCGCGA